GUCUCUGAAGUUUAACCUCAUAUACAGGUAGUGUCAUCCUGUAAAAACAAAUUUUGCCAGGAGUUUCAACAGAUACAGCACCGUAGCAAAGUCCUACUCUUUCUAUUCACAUUACGCCAAAGUCAGAUUCUUACUCGGAGCAACACAAGUACACUGCUGUAUCUACCUUAGGGCUCUGUGAUACUUCUGGAGCACCAUGGCCAGGACCUCCCUGCAAGUCUGUGCUUUGCUCCUUGCUAUCUCUGGAAUGACUUGCAUCCUUGUAUCUACUGUGUCCACCAGAUGGAGAGUCUCCAGUACUGCAGGCACCAUUAUUACCGCCACCUCUAUAUUUGAGGGUCUGUGGAUGAACUGUAUCGCCACCUCCUCAGGGUCUGUGCAGUGCAAAAGGUUCUCAUCCAUGUUCAGCCUGGCCAUUCACAUCCAAGUAUGCAGAGCUUUGAUGAUCAUUUCGCUUGUUCUGGGGCUAAUGUCCUGUAUAGUGUCAAUUUUUGGCUUAAAGUGUACCAAGUUUGGAACCAGUAAUGAGCAGACAAAGGGGAAGAUUGCACUCUCUGGAGGACUCAUCUUCAUUUUAGCAGGGCUUUUAACUUUAACGGCAGUCUCAUGGUACGCAGCCAUGAUCACGGCCCAGUUCUUUGAUCCUCUGUACCUUGGGACAAAGUAUGAGCUUGGAUCUGCACUGUAUAUCGGAUGGGCCGCAUCUCUGCUUUCCAUACUCGGUGGAUCCUUCUUGUGCUGUUCAUUCAAGAAAAAGAAACCAGCAACCAAAGCAGGAGCCUAUAAGUACAACUACCAGGAUCCAGACAGUGAUUUCAAGCAGUUCAAAGAGAGAAAAGAAACAUCGGUGGCUUCCAAGGCUUAUGUGUAACCCGUUAGCUAGAUGGGACUACACCACAAACGGAGCAUGAUUGUAAUCAAAUGUUCUUUUUUCUAAAAUUAUUUUUUUUAAGUGAAAAUAUUUGUUUUUUCUAUUAAAGAUGUAAGAAUUGAGGUUGAUACUGUAAACCCAGGAUGUCUAACCAUUGUGUGCUGAAAGUGAUCUGACACCAGUAAACUGUGCCGCUUCCUUGUGUCAUUAUA